GCCAUUGAUCCGUGGUUAAGUCGUUGAGCUUAACCGGAGUCCAGCCUUCAAUAAAACGCGCUAAAGAUGCAGAUAAAGGAAGAACUGAUGCAUAUGCUUUAUCUAGACGAUGUUCUGAGGAAACAUUUGAAAAUAUAGUUGAGUUAGGAUAUAAAGUAGCCAGCACUACAGUGGUAUCACUGAUUAUUAUUGCAUACAGAUUUCAUUGGGAGAAACUUAAGGGUACUUGGAAUGGAUUAACGCGAGUCAGUGGUGUGAUAAUUAGCAUGUGAUUAAGACUAUAACAUUAGUGAAUCAAUAGUCGUCAACUGGUUUCAACAACUCUCAGGGGGUAGAAUAAGCAGAAACUCAAAGACAAUACAUACCUGAAAUAAUGGCAGAUGUUGAGGAAACCGAAAAGAAGAAAAGAUCAGUUGGACAAACAUGCAAGAAAGUUCUAAAGUUUUUGUUCUCCCAUAUUGGGCUUUGUGGUAUGGUCGUGGCUUACUCUAUCGCCGGUGGCUUUAUAUUUGAGCAUUUAGAGAAACAUAAUGAAUGGACAGAAUGUGUCAAGGCAAGGGAUCAGUACAACCCAAAAGAGAACGAAACAUUAAUAAGGUUAAUGGAGAUCCUCUCCAGUACAUUAGCUGUCUCGAAAACCGAGGAAGAAUUCAACAAAACGUUGAGAACUUUCCGUCAGAAUGUUUUGGAGAUUGGUUAUGAUGGGAAAGAUUGUGAUACUAUGGGUGAAACGGGUGGUCCGUCAUUUCAGUGGUCUUAUGCUGGGGCCCUUUUAUUCUCAGUCACUGUUAUAACUACAAUAGG